AACUCAUCCAUCAAAGCUUUCCUCCAAUUCUAGCAAAUCAAUCCCUCAAGCUACCUCACAAUGUCCGAAUUUCCCAUCAUUUUCAACAUCGACGGCUCCAGCCGCCACGAGCUGCUCCUCAUCUCGCCCUCGACCUCCCUUUCCGACCUGGCCUCCAAAAUCGAGAGCACCGCCUCCAACUCCGUCAACUGCGAGGAGUUCAUGGCCAAGUACGCGAAGAAAGAGAACACGGGCAAGGUGGAACAGAUUAAGGUGCGCUGGGCCACCGCAGGUCGGGACCACAAGACGUUCCCCGGCUCGACGAUCUUGACCAACGACAACAUCGGUGCGGCGCUGGCGCUCAUUGAGAAGUCAGGCGUGGGCAAGGACGUUCUGGAGGUCAAGCUGCAGGCUGCGCCGCCCAAGGAAGAGGAAAAGAAGGAGAAAGCUCUCCCAGACCGCACUAAGUAAUCCCGAGUCGGUCCUGCACGACGGAAUGUAUGAUGACCU